UCAGACAUUUAAGUGCGGAUUGGUUGACAAAUAGAGAAGAGGAACAAUUUGAGCUUUGUUGGUGUCCAUCAUGGGGGACACUAAGCUCUACCUGUUUCUUCUUCUCAGCGCUUAUGUUUUGGCUGACACAAGUACUGAAGUAACAGGUCAAGAAGCAGAAACACAGCCAAGAUGCCCAUUGGAAGCACGAUACAAGAACUUCAGAAAAUAUAUUUAUCAAUACACAGCUGAGAGCACAAAUGGAGUGGCUGGAACAGCUAACAUGAAGAAUGGGCCAAAAAUAUCCUGCAAGGUGGAACUUGAGGUUCCUCAGAUGUGCAGCUUUGUCCUGCGCACCACUGACUGUUCUCUGAGCGAAGUGACUGUUAUCGAUGCUCAGGGUCAACCAGCCUACGGUUCAGCUCCUGGAACAGAGCUCUUCAAGGCAGCAAUGGAGAAGAACCCCUUGAACUUCGUGGUGCAGCAGGUGACCGAUGUUUCCAUCUACCCUGAAAAGGACGAGCCUGAGAACAUAGUGAACAUCAAGAGAGGAAUCAUUUCUGCUCUUUUAGCGCCUGUCCUAGAAGAGGAGCACAAUAAUAAAAUGACUACCAUACAUGGCCUGUGCAAAACUGACCUCACUGUCAACGCAAGGAAGGACAUUGAUGUCGACGUCACCGUGGUCAGAGAUCUGUCAGAGUGCAGCCACUUUUCUCCUCACAAACUUCCCACCAGCCCUCUGUCCCUCCUGCCAGGCCUGAAUGGACUUGUUUCCAAACUCAUCAGCAGCAGCCAGACCUGCAACUAUAAGUUUGAUAACAGGAAAAAGCACAUGACUGAGGCCCAGUGCACAGAGAAACACCUCUUCAUUCCAUUCUCUCAUGAGGACCAGUAUGGCAUCGUUUCUGAGGUGAAACAGAGUUUGACUGUAAAAGAAAUAAUGAAGUUCAAUGACAGAAACUUCGGCACUGAUGGCACAGUUGAGAGAAAGCUUUUCCCAGAAGAAGUAGAAGACAAAUCUUUCACCCAGGACAAAGAGGAUGUUCUUACCACAAUGAAGACCCUCAAUGAUCUGACCCACUCAGGAAGGAACCAGGAGAGGGCCCGUCUGUUCCAGAAACUUGUUUCUCAGAUCCGUGGCAUGAAGAAUGAGACAUUGUCAAUGGCUGCUGAGAACAUGAUGGAGGUUUCCAACUGGCUGACCUGGCAGGCUCUGUUCCAAUGUGGAACCAGUGAAUGCACCAGUGCCAUUCUACAGAUCCUCAGAGGCUUUAACAAACUAGAUAAAGAGGUGGAUGCCAUAGUGUAUGCUUUGGGUCUUCUGCCACAGGCCAGCCCAGAACACCUCAGAGACAUGCUCAGUAUGGCCCAGCACAAGCCAAGCAAGGCCAUCAUGUAUGCCCUUGCUAACACAGUGAAAAAAUUCCCUAGGAUAGAUGCUUUGACAAUGCCUGAGGUGAGGGAGGUUGCAGAAUUCAUGGAAUUCAUGCUUGGUGACUGCUCAGGCGACGAGGAUGAAACCUUUCUCACUUUGAGGGUUAUUGGUGUCAUGGGAAAAUACAUGGAGGGCUUUCCAUCUCUAAAAUCCUCCCUGCUGAACUGCAUGCGUCAGAGUGAUGCUUCUUUGUCCGUCCAAAAAUCAGCCAUCCAGGCUUUCAGACUGAUGAAAAUUGAUCCAGAUGUGUCAACUGCUCUGAUGGAGCAAUACAAGGAUGCAGCAGCACCUGCUCAGAAACGUAUCGCUGCUUAUUUGAUGUUAAUGAAGAACCCUGAGGUAGUAGAGGAGGUGCUGAAGACACUGAAGGAUGAGCAGGACCUGCAGGUCAAGAGCUUUGUUAUAUCUCACCUCACUAACCUCCUGGACUCUGCAGACCCAAAUCUUCAGACAGCAAAGGGCCACAUCACAAAUGCCUUGGAGACUGACGACAGCCUCUCUGCUGUGGACUUCACAAAAUUUUCUCACAAUUACAAGACUGAGGUGCCAUGGACUGGCUCCAUAGAGAGCAAUGUAAUUUUUGACUCAGUCAACUACCUGCCCAAAGAAGUUAUGCUAGCAACUACUCUUGAUGCCUUCAACACAGAGAUUUUGGAGAUCGGCGUGGAGGGAGAAGGUUUUGAGCCAGCCAUUGAGGCCCUGUUUGGAGAAAAUGGUUUCUUCCCUGAUAUCAUCUCAAAGGCACUGUACUGGGCCAAUGACCAGGUGCCACCCAAAGUAGGACGGGUUCUGGAAAAUUGGAUUGCACCCUUACAAAGAAGCAGGAUGAAGAGAGAGGUCUCCCAGAACAUCUUCAACCAGAUUAAGGAUAACUUUCACGAGCUCAGUAAAGGUCUCAAAUAUCUUGAAGACAGCAAAGAUGCCCCUAAAGCCAUGGCCUACCUCCGUUUUAUGGGAACAGAACUGGGUUACAUGAAGACCAGUGAACUUAACAGCAUUAUUGGAAAUAUCAUCAUGUAUUCAGAUAUUUUCUUCCACAUCCUGCCUGUAGAGCUUUUGAAGAAUCAUCUGUCAUCUGGAAUAGAUAAUGAGGUUUUUGCCCACUACAUGUUCUUGGACAAAGCCUUCACACUACCCACUGGUGCUGGCCUCCCUCUGAAGUUCUCUUUGGCUGGAGUUUUUGCCCCUGGUGCUACAGGUGGACUGACAUUUGACCGCAGCAUGCAACAGCUUUCAUUCAGGCCAUCAAUGGGAGUGGAGUUUGUUACCCAGAUGGGUGUCUACAUCCCUGAGUUUGUUGAUGCUGGAAUUAGGAUGCACACCAACAUGUACCAUGAAAGUGGUCUGAAUGCCAAAGUCACAAUAAGUGGCAAACAAGUCAAGCUUUCCAUUCCUGCACCAAAGGAGAACACCCAGCUGAUCAGCAUCAGCAAUGAGCUGCUUUCACUGACUUCCACUAUGACCAGAAAAGUGUCCCCUAUUGUGGAGGACAGGACUGACUCCACAGAAUGCAAUCCCCUCUUCCUCGGACUGAAGUACUGCACCACAGUUCGCUACUCCAAUGCCAGCUCAACCAACAGUGCCCCCUACUACCCCCUAACUGGGGAAACCAGGUUUGCUUUGGAGCUUCAGCCUACUGGAGAGGUAUCAGAAUACACAGCGACCAUGGCCUAUGAGCUCCUUAAAGAGGGCAAAGAAGGUCGCCAUAAGGUCGACUCCCUAGUGCUUUCGCUUAAGGCAGAGGGUUCCACACCUACAACAGCAACUGCCGCUUUUAAAUAUAACCGUAACAAGAAACUUUUCACCAGUGAGCUUCAAGUACCAGACUAUGAUGUGGAGGCUGGUUUUAAGGUGGAAGUCACUGAUGGCACUGGAAAGGGGAAGAAUAUGUAUGGCAUUGCAAUUGAUGUAUCCAAUAAAAAGGCUGUCCAGCUGUCAUUAGUUGGACAUGUCAGACUGGAGUCUAUGGAAGACGGUGAUUUGCAACUGCAAGUGGCUAUUCCUCCUCUACAGAUGGAUGCUUCUGUGACUGCCCGUCUAAAGAAAGCAGAUAGCCUUGUUCUACAUCUUGAAACAGGCUUUAACUGCUCAGAAAUGUCCUCUCUGCAGAAAGCCAUCCUUAGAUAUGAUGACAACAAGGUUGAAUUGGAGAUUAAGUCAGAUAUGAACUCUGAAGUUACAAAACACUUCCCAAACAUGGACGACUACUACAGUCAGCUCCAGGGAUUUAUUGAUCACAUCCUUGACCAGAAGGUGACCAACACUGACAUGAAACUCCGUCAUAUUGUUUUGAAAGGUAUAGAGGCAGGUAACAUUUGGCUUGAUAAAUUUGGAAAAGACAUUCCAUAUGUGAAGAAUCUCAGGAACAAGAGAUAUAUUCCAGAACUCACCAUGCCAAGUAUACCAGAAAAUCUGUAUCUUAAAACUGAUGCACUGUUCCGGUACCAGUUCAACAAGGACAAAAUAUCUUUCUCCUUGCCUCUUCCUUUUGGUGGGAAAUCAUCUGAAGAGCUAAACAUCCCCUCAUAUAUUCACGUGCCUCCCUUUGGACCAAUGAAAUCAGAAACUAGGUACAAGAUCCCCUCGUUCACAAUCCCCCACACACUGGACUUCUCCUUGCCUCAGCUUGGUGUAGCAGAGGUGUCUGCUAAGAUGAACAGCAACCUCUAUGACUGGGAAGGCUCAAUCUCUGGGGGCAACUAUACUGUUGAUGUUCCCAGCUACAUUGCUAAAUACAAAGUUAUGGGCAGCUGUCCUGUGGAAGUCCUUGCAUAUAAAGUUGAAGGUACUGCCCUGGUCUAUGGCACCAUGGAUGACCACUAUAAGUAUCUUGUGAAUGGGUCCUUGCAUCACAGUUUCCUUGAUGCUAGCUUUAGUGCCUCUGAAAGCAUGACUGUUACCAAAACCAUGACAGAUGACAUAGAGAGCAGCAAAGGGACAGGAGUUUACAAGUAUGAAGCAACCAGCCCAUUUGGUCUACAGACCUCCCUCUAUUAUUCUACUCAGGCAAUGCUCACAGGCUUAGAUCUUGUUGGAGAUGCGAAUGUGGAUGGAGUCUUAAAAAUAGGUCCUUGGUUUGCAAACUCUGCAUAUAGCCUAUCCUACACUGUGAAUCCACUUAAAGGAAAAGGAGAAUCCAUUUUGAGGUUUGACUCCUCAAUCAUCCAAGGAAAAAAUGUGAUCUAUGGAGAAUAUCACGUUGAUGAUUUGGUAAUUGUAUCCAAAACAACUACUGAAAAUGAUGCUUUGAAUCAUGUAGGUGAACUGAGGUACAAGGAUGGCCAUUUGUUUUUGAAGUCCGAUGCUGGUGCUGUAGCACUAGGGAAAACCCUCCGUUGUCAAGCUGAACUUGAUUUAACAGAGGAAGAAGCUAGCUUCAGAGUCGAGACCCAGGCAGACCAUACAACGAACAGAGCAUAUUCCCUGCUUACUGGAGCUUUGAAUGGCAAUGGACUUGAAGUGAACAUUGAAGGUUCCCUGAACUUUGAAGAUAGCCGUGGAACACACAAAGGUACAUUUACCUUGGGAAUGAAUGGCCUGGCCACAAGUUGUACAACAACUCUUCAGUGUAGCUCUAUGACAUUUGAAAACAUCUUCAAUGCUGGACUAGAUGGAACAGGAGCCUCCAUGUCUCUUACAUCUAAAGGAUUAGCUCAAGACAACACAGCAGAGCUCAGUGUGGAGGGCAAGAUCUCAGACAACGGAGUUUAUCUAAACAGUGUUUUUAAAGGCAGUGCUUUUGAUGGUGAUGCAAGAAACACAAUGAAUUUGGGUCUGAAUAAGCAGGGUCUCACCCUCUCCAACACCAUGAUGGGUACGUUACAAAAGAUGAGGACCGAGAGCAUCCAUACCUUGACUGUAACUCUGUGGACAUUGGCAUUCCGCUCCAAUACAGAUAAUUUCAUCUGUGAUGGUGCAUCAUAUAACCAUGAUAUCAAGGUUAACAUGAGGCCUUUUGCUGUUUCAGUGUCCUCAAACAAUAAACUUGAGAUGUUUGAUGUCAGUUUCAGUAAAGAUGGCUAUAUUAAGGUAGAGCCAUUCAAGUUAGAUGCAUCAGGAAGCAUUACUGGGAAAUAUGGCGAGGAACAUACCAUCAAGAGCACUUGUGGAAUCACUUUUUCUGAAAUGACUGGUUCGGUAAAAUGUGAUUCAACUGCAGAAGUCUUGGAUUCUCAAGUCAGCCACAACUUUGAACUGGAUUUUGCUGGACUGUCUUCUGUUAUUAACAGUGAGGCCCGUUUAAAUUCUAAGGCUUUGCGUCUUGAGAAUGUCGUACGUGUAAUGGCAAUGCCAUUUAGCCUCACUGUUGACGCACUUCUAAAUGGUGAUGGCUUAGUGAAGUUCUAUGGUAAGCAUACCGGUCAACUCUACAGUAAAUUCCUCCUGAAAGCAGAGCCUUUUGCAAUUGCUGAGUCCCAUGACUGGAGAGCCUCUGCCACCCACAUGUUUCUGAAUGGAGAUUCAGCUGAAACCCACUUUGAAAACAAAUUUGAUGGCUUGUUGAUACCCAACGAGCAGUCUGUGUUGUGGAGAUUCAAGUCCAAGCUGAACAACCAUGCAUACAACCAAGAGGUCAACAUUUACAACAAAGAAGCAGAUAUGGGAGUGCAGCUUUCUGGGGUGCUCCAGACAAACCUGUUCAGUAAAGCUGCAGAAUCUCCAUUCGACAACCAAGAGUUCAGUGUUGCUGGGUUCCUAAAGUAUGACAAAAACAGUGACUGCCACAUCAUUCAUUUGCCAUUCAUCGAGAGCCUUCCAGUUGCCUUUGAGAAAAUGAAGACUACAUUUGUAAAUGUUCUUGAGUCCCUCCAGCAGUAUCUCAAUGAUUUGGACAUCAAUGAUUUGGCCAGGCAAUUCAGAGAGAACUUGGAUGAAGUCCCACAAAUGAUUAGCAACUUCGUAGAGGAAAUUGACCUAGAGAACAAAUUUAACCUGGCCAAAGAUAAGGUGAUCUCCUUGGUACAAGACUACGCUGUCUCAUUAGAUGAUCUAGAAGCAUCUCUGGAGAACCUUAAGAAAACCUCAGAAAAAGCCUUAAUUGAUUUGGCAGCCAAAAUAAAGGACCUCAAGGCUCAAGUCAAAUCUCUUAUUGAAAGUGGGUCCUGGGCUGACAUUCUGACAAAUAUUGGAGAUGAACUCAAGGCCUUUGAUGAAAGAUUUGACAUUACCCAAACAAUCUUAAGAGUCAUCAGUGCCAUUGAAGAUGUAAUUAGACAGAUUGAUCUGCAAAAAUUGCAAGACAGCAGUGUGGCUUGGUUGAAAGAACUUGAUGCCAAGUAUGAAAUUAAAGCAAAAAUCCAGGAUAAAGUGAGUGAAUUGAAAGACGUAAUAGAGAACUUUGACAUCAAGAUGUUACUUCAAGAUGUGACUGACUAUAUAAGCUCAUUUGAUUUGGCUCAGUAUAUGGAUCAGCUAUCUGAUUACAUUCCAUUAGAAGAUAUUGAAGAGGUGCUUGAUUCCAUGAAGGACAUCUUUGUCAACUGGAUUGAAGAAUAUGAAAUUGUGGAAAAAAUUAAUUAUGUGUACUCCAAAAUUGGUGAACUGUUUGAAAGAUAUGAAAUUGAAAAAAAGAUGGAAGUUUUCCUGGAGCAGGCUAAGACUCUGAUCAAGCAAUACAAAAUCCGAGAGACAGUUGAGGCAAUGGUGGAUGCCUUAAAGUCUAUUCCAUUUGAAUACUUUUCAGACAAGGUCUUGCAACUACUGGACACAAUUGUUAAUCAGUUAAAAUUAAUUGACAUCAAGCAAAACAUUGAGGAUCUAAAUAAUUAUAUUCUAAUGAUAAUCAAGAAUCUCAAGGCCUUUAAUUACAAUGAAUUUGUUGAUGAAGCUAAUAAGCAAAUCGGGAAAAUAACAAAUUAUGUCAAUGAACAAAUAAAGGUCUACGAAAUCCCAGAGAAAAUUGAGGCAUCUAGGAAGUUUUUGCGAGAGAUGCAGACCUCUAUUAUUAACUAUUUGGAGCAACUGAAAAACACUAAAGUAGCUGAGCUUUACAGAAUGAUUAAGGGUGUAAUUGACACCACAGCUUAUAAGGAUAUUAAACUAAAGCUCCAGGACAUGCUCGAAGAUAUGAGACAGAGAAUCAGUGACAUGGACAUCAGAGAGGAAAUCCUUGUUUACUUACAAAGAGCAAGUGAAUCGUACAAUAAUAUGAUUGACUACAUCUCAUCACAGCUCCAGAGCUUCAUUGAGGAAAUUCACAGACUAUCCAAGGGUGAAAAAAUACUUGAUCAAAUCCAUCAAGCUGUGGAAGGAGUUCUUAAUUAUCUGAAGACAGUACAAAUUGAAAUCCAAGCUUUUACUCUUCCAUUCACAACACUUGAGGUUGCUGCUUUUCAGAUAAAUAUGGCAAGGCUUCAAGAUCUUUCUAUUCCAUCCAAGAUAACAGUACCAGAGUUCACAAUUUUGGACUUUAUCCAUGUUCCAUCAAUCACUAUUGACUUUGAGAUCAUUAAGAAGAAGAUCAUUGAAGUCAUUGAUCAAAUUCGGGAGUUUAAAAUGCCAGAGCUGGAUCCUGAGGCUACCUUUGGCGAUUUAAGAGCUCUUUAUCUGUUUGACCUGCCUGACUUUACUUUCCCAGAGGUGAGACUUGUAGAGUUUAAGUUCCCAGAAAUCAAUAUACCGAAGCUAAAUCUGGAGAAUUUUGAGAUUACCAUGUUGGCAAUUCCUGAAGUCAAGCUGCCUCAAAUUCCAUUUGAGCCAUGUAUCCCAGCUUUCGGGAAGCUGUAUGGAGAAUUCAAGUUCAGUUCUCCCCAUUUUACGGUAGUGACAGAGGCAGCAAUUCAGAACACAACAAGUAAAAUCUUAGAGCCUCAGUUCAAAGCUACCCUGACUUCACAAGCAACGUCAACUCUUGAUGUUCUUGGCUACUCUUUGGAAGCAAUGCUUCAAAUUGAAGCCCCUACAAAGAAGAAAAUGAUAAUUAGUGAGACAGUAAAAGUCAAUCACAUGGCUUUUACAGUUGAUCAUGAGGGUUCGCUAAUUUUGAGGAAUCCAUCAAUUGAAGCAUUGGCAAAGACAACUGCUAAGGCCACAACCCAAAUAUACAAAGCUGAUUUAGUAAACAAUAUUGUAGUUGCUCUAAAGAAUGGAAUAUCUGUGAAUAUGGACACAACAUAUGGCCAUGACCUGAACAUCCACUCUAUGGACAUCUCAAGUGAGGCUAUGAUUAAAAAAACAGCUAAGGUGCAGUUUGAGUCAGGAACCAUUUCUGUGACUGUUGAAAAUGAGGCAAAAGGGAAAUGGUCCCUAAAAGAUUACGCUGAUGAAGGUGUGCACAAGAGCAGUCUGGAAUUUAGUGUCAACACUGGCAAGGCACAGCUCACUUUUGAUGGUGAAACAAACAGCAACAGCUUCAAAAUGAAACAAUCAGUCAAUGCUGAAUCUGUCAUCCUGAGCCACAUUACCAUUGAUGCAAGUGCGGAGACAGAGACUCCUUUCAUGAAGACAAGUGUGAUAAAACUGACAGGACAGGCUCAAAUGGAAGGUCUCAAAAUUGAACUAACAGCUUCACACAAUGCAGAACUGAUUGGGAAAGUUAGUGGAACUUUAUCCAAUUCUUGUGAUUUUUUCGCCCAACCAUUUGAGAUCAGCCUUGAUUGCAAAAAUAAGGUAGGCUCCAAAAUCCUCUUCCCUCUAAAACUAACUGGAAAGAUUGAUCUCCAGCAUGAUUAUAAGAUGGCUCUGAGCUCUGAAAAUCAGCAUGUCUCUUGGGUUGGUCUGGCUCGAUUCAACCAGUAUAAAUAUAACCACAACUUCACUUUGGACAACAAUGAAAAAGAUGCAGGAAUCUAUGUAUCUGUCGAUGGAGAGGCUAAUCUCGACUUUCUGACAGUACCCCUAACUGUUCCGGAGAUAACUGUGCCGUACUUUGAUAGAAAAACACCAGUGAUCGAAGAAUAUUCUUUGUGGGAGGAUUUGGGUUUGAAAGACCUCCUGGCCACUCCUCGUCAGUCCUUUGACAUUGAUUUCAAUCUUCGGUAUCAAAAAAACCCAGACAAGCACACCUUUGACCUAGACCUUGAGCCUGUCUACAACUCCAUUUUUGAAAAUGCUAAAUUCUUAGGAGCAUGCUUCGAACUUGGAAGAGAGAAAGUCCUUGAUGCCCUAACAAAUUCUUAUAACCAAGCCAGGACUCAGUUUGAAAAAUUUAAAAUUGACACCUCCAACCAGCCUCCAAGGUAUUUCACUGUCCCUGGAUACACUGUACCAAUCCUGAACAUUGAAGUUUCAGCCUUCAGUGCUGAGUUGCCUGCAUUUGGCUUUUUCAUUCCAAAGGAGGUCAGCACACCAAGUUUCAAAGUUCCAGUGAUGGGUUUCUCAGUUCCCUCCUAUACUCUUGUUCUUCCGUCUCUAGGGUUGCCUGUUUUGCAUGUACCUGAGACACUCAGAGAGCUGACGUUGCCUACAGUCACACUGCCAGAUAUUCAGAACAACAUCAUGAUACCUGCUCUUGGAAAUUUGACCUAUGAUUUCUCAUUCAAGUCACCAGUGAUUAGCAUGAGUUCUAAUGGUGGUAUCUACAACCAGUCUGACUUUGUGAUCAAAGUGGGAGCAUCUUCUACCUCUGUGUUUGAAUUCCUAAAAGGCAAACUUGAUGGAACAACCAGCAUCACUAAGAAGAGAGGUCUAAAGGUGGCCACAACCCUGUCAUUGGAACUCAAGAAUGCAGAAUAUACUCAUGAGAGCACUAUCAGCCUCACCAAGAGGAAUAUGGAGUCUUCUGUAGCAAAUGCUAUGAAAAUCAACCUGCCUUUUUUCACACUGGACGUAAAUCAGGUACUGGAUGGAAAUACCAAGACCAAGCCUAAUCUUGCCUCUAAAGUGAAACUUCAAUAUACAUACAAUCUCCCAUCUUUACAAACUCAAGGAAAUGGAAUUCUACACCAUAAUCUUGCACUUGAAACACUGUCAUCCUACUUUUCUCUGGAGAAUUCUUUGAGGGCCAAGACCUACGGAACAAUAUCGGAGACAGGACGUUUUUCAAAAUCAUUAGACAAUGAAGCAACUAUAUACCUAAAUGCCAAUGGUCUACGUUCCACAGUGAAAACAGACAUAAAUUCUGAAGCUGAGUACAUGAAGACUGAAAUCUGGAAUGUAGAUAUAGCUGAGAUAUUUGCUCUGGAGGCUUCUCUUAGACGUGUUUAUGCCACAGUGAAUUACAUAAGCAAAAAUAAGGUGAACAUUGCAUCUUAUUUGACCAAUGGAAAGCACACUGCACAGGGAACCUUUGAGUUUGUUCCACUCACAACAAUGUAUGCUAAUCUUAAUAUGGAUAUUUCACAGUCAUCUGACCUUGGUCUUGUUAGCAUAGUUCAGAAUGUAGACAUUGAUGUCACGUCAGACAAACAGAAGUUUCUUUGGAGUGGCAAGGAGCAAUUAACAUCACUUAAGCAUUCUAGUGAUCUGUUGAUGUCCAAUGAUGAAUCUGAGAUACGCAUGGAGGUGACAGAAUCCGUUGAAGGUCAUCUUGCAUUUCUGAAGUCCAUCAAAUUGCCCGUCUAUCAGAAAACUCUGUGGGAUGUGUUGAAAUUUGACGAGGCCACUAGCACAGAUCAGUUACAGUUCCUUAAUGUUUCUACUCAUUUGGUAUAUGCUAAAAGUAUGGAUGGAACCCUGUUUGCACUGCCUGCCACCGUCUUUGAAAAUGGAGUUACUUUUGACAUUCCAGAAAUCACCCUAGCAGUGCCUGAAUGGGUGAAACAGAUCCCACAGAUGAUAAGAGAAAUAGAUGAGCGACUUGAAAAUGUUGAUCUGCCUGAUUAUUUUUCUCUCCCACCAGUCAUCACCAUUCCAACGUUUGAUGUACCUCUCACAACUCUCCGUGUGCCAUCCUUCACAUUAGACCUACAAAAGCUGAAAGUCCCAAAUAUGAUCAGCACAACUGCUUUUGAAAUAACUUUGCCAGGUCUACCAGUGGUCAGUAUCCCCCAAUUUGAAAUCGAUAUGGAAUACAUGAGGGACAAAAUUGCUCUUCUGCUUCUCAAGCUACCUCAAUAUGAAAUCACCAUCUCAAGUUUCACAUUGCCCAAAACCUUCACCAUUGGUGAGCACACCAUCCACCUGGAUGAUGUCACAAAAGCAAUCUAUCAUUUUGAGAUACCAACCAUAACCAUUCCUGAACAGAAAAUUGCGAUCCCAGAGAUUUCACUCCACCUGCCAACCAGUAUAUUUAUCCCAUCUUUUGGUGCGCUCUCUACUGCUGUGAAAGUUUCCUCCUCAAUUUACAACAAUACAUGGACUGCAAAAAUGGAGAACAAGAAGCCAGGAUUUGCUUACUCACUGAAGUCCUUGUGUACAUCCACCAUGACUUUCCUAGCAUAUGACUUGGAUGCUAUUGCUAACGUUUUGCUUGAAAAUGGAGCUGUAAGUCUGGAUGGAAAGUGUACCUUCACCCACAAUGAUGUAAAAGUUAACUGGAAGCAUGACCUCCGACAAAAUCUGAGAAUUAAACGGGAGGAGCCUUCGGCCUCGAGACCAUCAAGUCACACUCUGGAUAUUGACAUCAACAGCCAGACUUUUGCUGAUGUGAGCUUCCGUUAUGCCUCCAACAACAAUGGUAUCACAUCUUCAGUAUCAUCACCUUCUGCCGGCUUUGUUGGAUUUCAGUUCACAAGGAGGUCACCGUCUCAAUAUUAUGCAAAACUCUUCAGCAGAUACUUGACAACUCCUGACAAGGACACUGAUCUGCUGAGUUUCAAGGUUACUCUGAAGAACUCUGAAAAACUGAACCUUCAAACUGGCUGGCAGCUUAAUGGGCUAUUUGACAUGAUAAAUGGCUUUAAAAUCAGGCUGCCGGCAAUCACUUCAGCUAUUUAUGAGUUUGUCAACAAAUACCACAAAACUCAUUUUGGCAUGGACCUGAAUCGCGCUGCCUUAAAGCUGAAGAACACAAUAUCAAACAAUAUUGACAAAGCUUACAGUGAGCUUCCCAAGGCAUUUGAUGCAAUGCAGAACUCAAUUGAGUAUCUGAGGCAGCAAAGUAAAGAAAUGUUAAAGAGGACCGUGCAGAGCAUGCCAGAAAUUAAGAUCCAGGAGAUGAGCAGCAGGGUCUCGAACAAUGUCAAAGAACUGCUUCAAAAUUAUGAGACAAAUGUCAAGGUCAUGUUGGAUGCCAUCAUGAAGUUCUUGAGUGAGACCAAGUUCCACCUGCCAGGUUUCGAGGAGAAGCUCACCGGUCAGGAGAUGUACAACAAGAUGAGACGUUCCAUUUCAAUGGUGGUCAGGCGGGCUGCAGGCAGAUUUACUAGCCUCAUGGAGACUAUAGCCGACACCAUUGCAAGCUACAUCAAUGGAAUGAAUUUCACCCUUCCAGGUACCGAUGUAGUUAUCAUUGGCAAGGAUAUUUUGAAGGAUCUGAAGUCUGCGGUGAGGUCUGCACAGGAUAAGAUUACUCAAGCAAUGAAGAAGUGGGAAGGACUGAAGCUGGAGAAACUGCUCCAGAACAUGAGUGACUUUGUAAAACUUUGCAUCCAGAAGGCUGGGGAGUUCAUUGCUUCUCUGAAGGAUGAGAGGCUAGAGGAGCUGUCUGCUCAUCUCAAUGGAAUUUACACAGAGGCCAGCAACUGCCCAAUGAUGCAAGAAAUUACCAAACAGAUUCGGCUGGCAAAAGUAAAUGCAGCUGACUACAAAGACAAGGCGAAAUUGAAGGUCCAUGAGAUCUACAACGAGAUAUCUAUGGAGUGGCUCAACUCAGAGAUGAGUGAAUUUAUUUCAGUCUUAGAGAAACAGCUUCGUAACCACACUGAAGUUGUCCUUGAAUAUGCGAAGAAAGCUUCACAGCAUACACAGCCAUACAUAAGAGUGACCAGCAAAAAGAUAGAUAUGGAUGUUCCUCUGCCUUUCUACUGGAAUUCAUUUAGCGAAUGGCCUAGUCUGACUUAAAUGUUUUAUUUUAGAAUGAUUUACAUUGUUUAAAUGUACCUUUUUUUUGAAAAUAUAUUUGUUAUACUUACAUAAACAUUAUGUUGCAGAUUAUUAUGUACAUAUAAUUGAGUUCUUAAUUAUUAAUAUGUGAGAAGGAAAUGUGUAACUCACUGCUAUGACACAUGAUUAAAGUCUUUGUUUGCAUAAAA